AUGAACAGCUGGAGAAACUGGUUAGCUGAUCUCCAUAAGCUUGAGGAAUUUCAUAUUCCUAGGCGCCUCGCUCCAGUGGAAUUUGGAAAGAUUCUCACGGUCCAGUUACAUCAUUUUUCCGAUGCCAGUUGUGAAGCAUACGGAGUGGCAAGCUACAUUCGCGUUAUUGAUGUUAUUGAUGAGAAACUUUGCACAUUAGCGUUGGCAAAAUCAAGACUAGCGCCUGCAAAGACACAAACCAUUCCUCGGUUAGAAUUAACCGCAGCUGUCUUGGCUACCAAGAUGGCUGAUAUCCUUCGCCAAGAACUUCAGCUUGAGAUUGAUGAGUCUACUUUCUGGACGGACAGCGAAAUUGUACUUCGCUGUAUCAAGAACGAAGACAAACGGUUCCAUACGUUUGUGGCCAACAGAGUUGGACUAAUCCACAGUCAAACUAUUCCAAGUCAGUGGAAGUACAUCAGCUCCGUUCAAAACCCGGAAGAUGACGCCUCAAGGGGAUUGAGUGCAGACGAAUUGCUCAGCUGCAGAAGAUGGCAAAAUGGUCCAGACCUUUUGUGGUCAGACUCAACCUGCUGGCCAGAUCAGCCUAAUUUUAAUGGGGGCUUGUUAGAUGACGAGAAAGAAAUAAAGAAGGAUGUCAAAGUUUACCGUGUUUCUGAGCAGACAGACAGCUUAGUAGACAGAUUCCUUGAACGGUGCUCGUCUUGGUACAAGCUUAAGAAGUCGAUUGCAUGGGUCUUGCGACUUCGCUGUAUCCUUCUGAGAAAGAUAAGAAACGAAGACCCGCUUCCAAACAACAGUCUUACCGUCGCAGAGUUGCAUAUGGCAGAAGAAGAGAUCGUUAAGGUCAUCCAAAGACAAACCUUUAGUAAAGAGCUGAGUGACUUUAAAGCAAAGCAGGAAAUGAGCAAGGAGACAGGUCGAAAAGGUAUUACAGGAGUGCGUAUCCUGCAAAAGGCGCCAAGUAGACCAGAAGCGCAGAGAAUGGCGGACUUGCGUUCAGAUAGGAUUACCCCUGGUAAACCUCCUUUUACGUGUGUCGGCGUUGACUGUUUUGGUCCAUUCAUGAUCAAGAGAGGACGCAGCCGAGUUAAGCGCUGUGGGUACAUCUUUACGUGUCUUACAAUAAGGGCAAUACACGUCGAGAAAUUGGACAGUAUGAACACAGAUUCCUUCAUCAAUGCUUUGAAAAGGUUCGAAAGCAGACGAGGGAAGCCAGAGAAGAUACGAUCCAACAAUGGAACGAAUUUCACUUCAGCGGAAAAAGAACUCAGUUGA